GAUCUCGGUGACUACAUCAUAUUUUGAAGCUAGCUCCCUGUGAUUAGCCACGUCAUGUAAACUUAACAGUGGAGCAGUUGUGAUAUAAAGACAGGAAGCAGCCGCUGGUUUGGGAAGGACUUUAGUGAAUUGUAAAAGAGGAGGUUUUAUUUCAGGUUUCAAAGUUGGCAGUAAUCCUAUGGAAAGAUGUCAGAUAUCGGAGACUGGUUCAGAAGCAUCCCUUUCAUCACCCGGUGCUGGUUCGCUGCCUCCAUUGCUGUUCCCUUUAUAGGCAAACUGGGAUUGGUUGAUUUCAGGAACCUCUUGCUAUUUCCGGAGCUGGUCUGGAGCAGAUUUCACCUCUGGAGACCGGUGACAGCCACCCUUUAUUUCCCGAUAACCCCUAAUACUGGCUUCCUGUACCUGGUCAACCUAUAUUUCCUCUACCAUUACUCCACUCGGUUAGAGACAGGGGCAUUUGAUGGCAGACCUGCAGACUAUAUCUUCAUGCUCCUCUUCAACUGGAUCUGCAUUGUUAUAACUGGGCUGCUGAUAAACAUGCAGCUUCUGAUGAUUCCACUGAUUAUGUCAGUGUUGUACGUCUGGGCUCAGUUCAACAAAGACACGGUGGUGUCCUUCUGGUUUGGAACACAGUUUAAGGCUCAUUAUCUACCUUGGGUCAUCCUGGGUUUCAACUUUAUCAUCGGAGGGUCAUUUGUGAAUGAACUGACAGGAAACCUGGUGGGCCAUCUCUACUUCUUCCUCAUGUUCAAGUACCCCAUGGACCUGGGAGGACGCGCCUUCCUGUCCACACCAGAGUUCUUGUAUCGGCUCUUUCCUAAUAGGAGGGGAGGGGUAUCUGGUUUUGGAGUCCCUCCCACCAGGAGGCCAGCUGCCCAGGACAAUGCAGGAGGACUAGGAGGACGUCACAACUGGGGACAAGGCUUCCGACUCGGGGGUGAAUGAGAGAGAACUGCACCAAUGCUUGUUUCAUCAAAUUUGUUCUUGUUCAAACCUUGACUUUAAAUUUAAUUACUUUUUAAUUAUUAAAGAUACAACAGGAUCAGAUUUGAGGAAGCACGCAUUUUAUCUGUGACUGCUCUGCAUAGCAGGACUCGAACUCUGGCUAUAGGCUCCAUUCACCAAGUAAAGCCAGCAGCUUACUACUGCGAAAGUGUCCAUGUCAAGCAGAUAGAAAAUUAAAUUCUUUUUUUUGUUUUUUUUUUUGUUUUGUGAUGAUUGAGUGUCACCGCCCAUUUUCUUCUCUUUCUUUCCUGUCUUCUUCUUUACACCCUGCCAUUGGACUGUCAAGAUGAGAGAUGUUGCAGCUGCACACCAGCACGCUGUGGAUUUCGACUCUUGUGUUCCUCCCCCUCCGUCUCUCUCUCUGUGAUGCCAUAUCAGAUUACAUUGUAAUUACCAAUGCACUGGGAGCCUGCUCUCAGCAGUCCCUCUGCAGAACAUGGGCAAAGCUAUUUAGAGAGCACUGUCUCCAGGUCUGAAUUUACAUGGGUGUGAAAUGUUUAUGUGCCUCUGUGGCACGGAGACAGUCAGAUUUGAUCUUAACCUAAACGAGGUGAAGAUGGAUCCUACUUUUUUUUUUUUUUUUUUGUAAAUAUAACAGUUGUUUAUUGAAAGGAUGAUUGAGUCUGAGUGUGUCAUUGUCUUACUCUCCAUGUUAACUCAAGGAAACCAUUCAGCCAAUCACGUGCCAGCAAGACAUUCAAAGCUGUUGUCAAUCAGAAGCUGUACAGA